ACCUUCAUAGAAAAUAGAAAGAUUGUAUUAUAUCAAAAGUAUAGGAAUAUGGCAAAGACACUAGUGAGCUACACAACCUUCCUUGCUCUCCUCUUGUGCUUCCUCCUCAUUUCAUCCAAUGAGAUGCAAGCGGCCGAGGGCAAACUUUGCCGAAGGAAGAGCAAGACAUUUUCUGGCUAUUGUUUUAUUAGUGAACACUGCGACGAAGAAUGCAAAGAAAAAGAGGGGGCAAAGAGGGGUAUGUGCAUUAAGAAGAGCAUCUUUAGACGUUAUUGCUACUGCUAUCACAAGUGCAAAUAAACAUCAACUGCUCUAAGAAUUCUCGUUUUUUGUGUAUGCAGUAUGAUAAAUAAACAAAUAAAUAAUGGUGUGGUGUCUUGUGUGUAAAAAAAUAAAAAUACUACCAAUUCACUAGAAUUGUCGUAAUUGUCAGAAAAUAGUACUAAAGUAUAUUUGUAUUAUCAUAUUGUGCGAUUUUUUUCUUGGUAUCCGUACUAUAA